AUGAUUGAAAGUGAUGCAGCUAUUGCUCUCAACCCUCUGAAUGCAGCCAGAACCCGCCAUAUUGAUAACCGCUACAAGUGGAUCAUCAACCGAGUCCAGAUGACGAUUGUUCAGUUGGGUGAGAAGGCCAAAGACCAGAAGGAGAGGGAGGAGCGAGACUCGCGCAACCAAGAGUACGCGGGCAGCAGCUACCAUGUUCCCGACGUAACCGACCUCGGCACCGCCGACGAUGACGAGCUCUCCGGUCUGUCCUGGGGCGGGAUCAGCAUGCGACAUGUUGUGGCGCGGGGCCACGAGAGCGAGAGCCGACGCGGGAGCGGCAGAGACGAUUACCCCCGCGACGAAGCGCGGUACCAGGCCUCUUCGUCCGGCUACUACACGCAGCAGCAGCAGCAUCAGACGGGGGGCAGCUACGGCAGUCACGACAGCAGCGGUGGGGACGACCGCUACUUGGAGAUUAACAUUGGGGGAAGGAUGCCAAUGUGA